CAGUUCGUCGAGAGAAGCAAGCCUGUUAGGCAACUACUCAAGAAGAAUAAUCUUCCCACUUUCACGUCGACGAACAAGAAGACUGUUUCAAAAGACAAGAUGAAUGUGGGAGUUUUGAAGGAUGACUGUGCUUUAUUUUUACGGCUUUACAUAGCUUGUCAAAUUCGUGAUGGAAACACGGAACAUUUCUUCAAGCAUGAGAAUCAACCAUGGCCGCCAUCACUUUCGCAGCUUGGUUAGCUUAGAGGACAACGUGUUUGCCCAGCACAUCAGCAGAGAUCAACUGCGAGAAGGGCUGACUUAAUCUGGGAUGUCUAUCAGGAUGAUUCACUGAAGAGAUCGCUGCGAGAAAAGAGGGGCUCUGGACAAAGGAGCAAUAUACUAACAUCAACAAGAAUUCCUGCUGACUGAAAAGGCUUUCUAUGAGUGGUUUAAUCAAAAAUAUUUAUAUUCAUUUUAUUUAAGGUGGUUUCACUGAAGGUUCCCGCGGGUAAGAGCAUCUUCUCUACCUAUGACAAGAAUAUCCUAUCGAGUACUGAAAGAACAGAGAUGAGCUUACUUGCGCCUUGCACACAUGAAGAGGAAGAUACUCGCCUUACGGUCGAGGUACUCUAUGCAGCCUCAAGCGGACAUCGAUGA